AUGGCCGACAACGAAAACAUCGAGGAUGAGGCCACCGCCACUGUCCACACCCGUGGUUAUCAGCAAGAAAUGCUGGAGGAGUCCCUGCGCAACAACAUCGUGAUAGCGCUCGAUACUGGCGCAGGCAAGACGCACAUCGCCGUGUUGAGAAUGAAGCUCGAAGCGGAACGCGAGACUAGGAAGUUAUCCUGGUUCCUCGCUCCUACAGUCGCUUUGGUCGAACAGCAACGCGACGUCAUCGCCUCUGCCAUUCCGGUGUCUGUAGGCAUCAUUUCGGGCGAGGCGGAACCCGAUCAAUGGACGGACUAUGCGCUGUGGCGAAAUAUCCUCGACACCCAUCGCAUCAUGGUAACGACCCCGCAGCCUUUAUAUGAUGCGUUAACACAUGGUUACAUUGACCUCGGGAGAGAUAUUGGACUACUCGUGUUCGACGAGGCCCAUCAUGCUGUUCGCAAACAUCCAUAUAACAUGAUCAUGAAGCAGUUCUACUUCAAACUUCCACGACGCGGAAGUGAUGACGACUCUGUCAAUAGAGUACGGCCCCAGAUUUUGGGUCUAACAGCAAGUCCAAUCUAUGGCGGAAACGUGGACAAAGCAUUCUCUGAUCUCGAACAGAACUUGGACUGCGUUAUUAGAUCUUCUCGCCUCAAUCGCGACGAAUUGGCCAACCACGUUCACAGGCCUGUCUUCAACCACGUGCUAUAUUCGUCACCUACGUAUGGCUGGGGUGAUUUGCCUUCGCGCAAUGUUCAUGCCUUAAAGUCGGUCCUCAGCCGAAUGAACAUCGAGAACGACCCCUACGUGAAGAGUCUCCAUUCCCGACUCGAAAAGCUACAGCCAGGCCCUGAGCGCAACAGCGUGGACCAGAAGCUUUCCAAGACACUGAGCAAGGAAGACACAUUUACGCACAGAGGCCUCAGGGACUUCGAGAGAGCUGCCGAAGAGAUUUGCAUGGAAUUAGGAAUUUGGGCUGCGGAUUGGUAUGUCGCCAAAGUCGUCGAGGUGGCCAAGGUGGCUGCGAAUCCACACAAUAACUACAUGUCCGCAUGGCAAGAGAAGGAGAAGGCUUACCUCCUCAGUGCUCUGGUUCAGGUGCAGCUGGAGAUCGUCUCAUCGCAGCCAGAUGAUAUCCGUGCCGCCUGUUCGCCCAAGGUGCUCUCCCUGGUGCAAUGCCUGCUGGCGGAAGAGGCGAACUUCCAAUCUUUCGACGAGUCGUACAGCGGCCUUAUUUUCGUCACGCGCCGCGAUUCGGUCCUUGCCUUGGCUGAGAUACUGUCUCGACUCCCCGAGAUCUCGGAGAAGUUCCAGAUAGGUUGCCUCCUGGGUAGUUCAACGAGCUCCAGACGUCACGCGUUUCUCGACAUCACCCGACAUAUGCUCAAGAACUCGCAAUCGGAGACGCUACGCGACUUCAAGAUUGGGGAUAAGAACCUAAUCGUGUCAACUUCCGUCGCAGAGGAGGGGAUCGACAUUCAGGCCUGCGGCAGCGUGAUACGCUUCGAUCCACCGCCUAAUGUUGUAGCAUGGGCACAGAGCAGGGGCAGAGCCCGACGACGACGAAGCAGCUUCAUCAUGAUGUUCGAGAAUGAUGGCGGGCACCGACCCCUCGUGCAGCAAUGGGAACAAACAGAAUUGCGCAUGCAGGCGUUGUAUCUCGAAGAACGCGCAGCUCUGCAAGCACAACCCAAUGACGACGACGACGACGAUGAAACAGACGAUGUCGCGUACUGGGUCGAGUCCACAGGUGCUAUUCUCACUCUACAUUCGGCUACUAGUCAUUUGAACCACUUCUGUGCUGUCCUCCCCAAUGCUGGCUACGGUGGUCACGAUGCUGUAUUUGAUCUCGAUCCUCCUGACUUCCCGGAAGGAUGGCAUCUCAAUCAGACUCAGCUGCCCCCCUACGAAGGACCGUGGGGUGCAACGGUUACUCUACCGCGGUCUGUUCCCGCGAGUCUCCGCACGUUCUCCUCCGUGCGCGUCUAUCGGAGCAAACGAUCCGCCCUGAGGCAUGUGGCGUUCAACGCAUAUGUGGAGCUCCACAAAGCUGGCCUUCUCAAUGACAAUCUUCUGCCUCUCACAAGCGCGAUAGAAGAAGACAAAGGCGAAGAAGUCAAGAAACUCCUAGAGGAAGUAGAGAAACGAGCAAGCACCGAGAAGGUCGCCAUACAGAUGGAUCCAUGGCUAUCUCCGGCAAAGGACGAUGAUGCAUGGUUUUGCAGCAGGCUGACCAUCGACGGCUUGCCCGAGCUUUAUAUGCUCACCCACAAGCCGAUGCCCUUCCUUCAUGAUCACGAGUUCCCAUUCCUCUUUGUACCAGGCAAGGAGCCUCUGCGCAUAUCCGUUAAGUACCAGAAAGGAUUCCCCAUAAAUGCCGCCUUUGUCGAGCGCGCUCGCCGAUAUACUCGCCAGAUCUUUGCUAUAUUGUGCAGCCAACGCAUGGACCCAGAAGAUACCUCCUUCACAUACCUCUUUCUUCCAAUCGUGUUGUCGGAGCAGGAAAAAUGCUGGAACGAGCGGCGGAAGUGGAUGCAGGAUCGCAUGUCCGCUGUGUCAGAACUAUGUAUUUUCGAAUCUGCUGAACGCGCAAAUGCUGACACCCUAGGCAAGCGGUUCUCUAGGCCGAAUGACCUCACUUUGAUACGGUCUGGCGAGAAGUUCAACAAGCUCUUGCGUUUCAUCGAGUGGACCUAUAAUGAUCUCACGGAAGAACAGGAAGCAGAAUUGCUCAAGCGCUACGAAGGCUUCCUAGAUGUGGAUCCUACCUAUACACCAUUGAUUAUGGCUCAGCCAUUCCCCCGACGCGUGAACUUCCUCCUGCCGCUCUUUUCAGAGACGGAGGGUCUUGGGCAAGAUCGGCCUGUCCUCCUGCAUCCAAAGCAUGUUACAGUAGAGCUGGUCUCCGGCCCAGAUGUUCAGUAUGCAAUGCUGCUGCCGUCUGUACUUCGCUGGUUGAGCAACGCGCUGACUGUUCUUUCCAUGCGAUCGGAACUGUUAUUUGGGUCUGCCGUAGCCCGUGUCCCUCUGGAUCUUCUCGUUGAAGCCACUACAGCACCUGUCUCUCAGGAAGCGACGAACUAUCAGCGUCUAGAGACGUUAGGCGACACCGUCUUGAAGUUCAUUGCAAGUAUGCAGGUUUUUGCGGACCAUCCUCUUUGGCAUCAAGGUUAUCUCUCAAGACGCAAAGAUCACGUCAUCUCCAACCAGAGUCUGGCGCAGGCGGCUAUUUCAAAGGGCUUGUACAAGUGGAUCAUCCGAGACCGGUUUGCGCCUAAGACGUGGAAACCGCGGUACUCCAAUGACUCUUAUGUUCCUCGUACUCCAACUAGCCCAUCAAUGCCGAAGGAUUCCAACAAGAAGGAGCGCACACAGGAACUUUCAACUAAACUGUUGGCAGACGUAGUUGAGUCCCUCAUCGGUGCAUCUUAUAAAUCUGGCGGUUUCGACGCCGCUAUCGACUGUGCCAGGCUGUUUGACCUGGAUCUAAACUGGAAGACCAUCCCUGUCCGCAUCCAGGACAUCCUGGCUCAGACGGAGGAACAUAUUGACCCUCCAUCACAGCUUGGCAUCGUCGAGCGGAUGCUGAACUACCAAUUCACCCGCAAGACGUUCCUCAUCCAAGCACUGACGCAUGGGAGCUACCAUGGCGAGCUCGCGUCGAUGUCCUACGAGCGCCUGGAGUUCCUGGGCGACGCCGCGCUUGACAUGGUCGUGACGAACUACAUCUACGACGCGCCGGGCAAGAAUUACAGCCCGGGGCACAUGCAUCUACGCAAGGAGGCGGUCGUGAACGCCCACUUCCUCGCGUUCAUCUGCAUGAACACCUCACUAGAGUUCGAGGGCGCGAUGCCGACGUGGACGCACGAGGGCGACGUCGCCCUCGAGGCCGAUCGGCAGCAGAUCUAUCUGUACCGCUUCCUCAUGCAUUCGAGCCACCGCGUGCUCGAGGAUCAGAGCGUCACCUUUGCACGCUUCGAGAAGAGCGGGCCCGUCAUCGCGCAUGCGCUGAAGCACGACAGCAUAUACCCGUGGGCGGCACUGACGAGCCUGCAGGCGCCCAAGUUCCUGAGCGACAUGAUAGAGAGUCUGCUCGGUGCUGUGUAUCUUGACUCCGAGGGCAGUCUGGAGGCGGUCACGAAGGUGAUGCGGACGCUCGGGAUCAUGGAUGCCCUUGAGCGUAUCGUGGAGGGCAACGUCGACGUCCUGCAUCCUGUGUCGCGCCUGCAGGAGUGGGCGGACAGGCAGGAUCCGCAGCAGGAGGUGGAGUACGAGAUGACGAAGACGAAGUUGGAAAUUACGUGCACGAUCAAGGUAGGCGGGGAGGUGGUGGCGUCAGUCACGGAGCUGUGGCGCAGCAGAGUGUCGCAACAGCAGGUCAAGUUCGCCGCCGCCGAGCUGGCGAUUAAGAAUCUGCAUGUGCGCGAUGAGAUUACUGUCGAUGUAGACUACGACGAUGACUGGGACGAUCUACCUGAGGAAAUGCCAUGGUGA